AUGUAAUUUUUGGUAAAAUCUUCACGUCGUGUUGGAUUUUUCGGUUUUGCUACAGCUACAGCAACACAUAAAGAUAUUGCAGGAAAGAAUUUCUUGAAAUUCUAAAGCAAAUACGCUGAAUAUGUUACUCAAUUCAAUUAAAAGCUUGAAGCAAUUGAAAAAGAGAAUAAGGCUCCAAAUGUCGCACCCCAAGGCAAAGCAUUCGAACACCCAUACAACAAUCCACACAACCCUGUAAAUAUGAGUGGUAUCAAAUCAUCUGAAUUGUUUUACAACUUUAUUGGACCAGAAUAAGUCUCCCCACAUUAUGAAAAUUUCCUCGUGGCUAGAAAAUACCUCCUUCUUACAUAUGGGGGUUUGAUUGUUAUUGGAUUUGCUGCAGGCACUACUAAUCUUCAUUGGAUUGCUAAAUCAUCAUUCUUGCCAUUCCUAUUCUGGAUGCAAAUUAUGUACUUCUACUUGGAAGGUCGUAAAUCAUUCAUGAAACCAUUGCUUGCUAGAUUUUAUAGAAGAGUUGCUGGAAAUGAGUGUUUCUAACUUGAUCAAUAUUACCAUGAAAACAUGCAACUCAAAAUCAGAACACUCCUUGAAGCAGCCAAAGGAUAAAUUGAAUAUGGUUAAUUACAUAAGGAAUUUAAGGAUGUUAAAGCAGAAUUAAUUAACACAUUCCUCAUGAAUGAAUAAUUAAAUCUCCAAAGACAUGUUGCAGAGAGAUCUUCAAAUAUUCUUAAAUAAGCAUAAUAAGCUGAAUAAAUCAAUCAAAAUAGACUUCUUUCAGAUAUCAUUGAAGCUGCUCAAGAGUCACUUGAAACCAAUCUUAAGAACAAUCUUCCAGAAAUUCAAAAGGCCUUAUUCAAAUCUGCUCUUAGAGGAUUAGCUUAAGGAAAGAUGACUUAUGAAAAUGAUCCCUUAAUUGAUAUGAUUCUCAAGACCAUCACAGAACAUGUCAGCAAAAUCUAGAACCUUUCACCAGCUGAAUAGAAGAAAUUGAUCUCACUCAGCAAAGACUAAUUGGCUGCCAUCCAAGCUAAUGAUAAAAAAGCAAAGGAAGAUUUCUUAAGAGCUGAACCAAAGAUUGAUUAAACCCUUAAGAACUACGAUAAUGUUAAGAGACAACUAGCCUCUUGGGGAUAAUGAAUAUGAAUAUUAAUACAUUGUUAAAUCAAAUCAAAUACAAUAGAUUAUA